AUGCACCUUUCACUGACGGAAAUUCAACUUUUUCGAAAUUGGGUGGACCGAAAAGUGCGUUAUCUGAUGAUAAGUGUCGAGCAUGAACAGGCAGGAAGUAGGGGAGCUUGGCUUGGGACAUUAGUGGCACGAAUUUAUCUUGGCACAGAUACAGUCUUUUUCGUUCUUUUAUUACAUAGUUCGACAAACUCUACAGCAGCAUCAUCACCUAGCUCGCCACAAUCUGAUAUGCAAUCAACUUCAAUAUCUGAUUUAACAGUAAUGGAUUCUUCAGUAUCUGGCUUGGGCAGCUCAUUGGAUUCUGAUAAAGGUAGUAUAAGUAUGGCGGGUCUGGACAGAUCCCCAAUAUUUGCAUUAGAUCAAUUGAAGCAGGCUGGCGUACCAUUUGAAAAACAGCUGUCGCCUUACCUACAAAUGGAUCCUGCCGUUUUUCGAGAAUCUACACCUCAGAGAGUAGCAUAUGAAAAUCUUUAUUCGCAUAAGAGCAAUAUUUACGUGGCAAUAAUAUUGCAUAUUUUCAUGUAUAUUGUUCCCGGUGAAUCGAAAGGAGAAUUAGAAUUUGCAAUGGGGCGGAUUGGGUGGGCUGUUUUGAGCGGCUAUGCAUUGGGUAGUCUGCGCGGUAUCCUACAAGAAUUGUGGAAUCCUAAUACGAGGCAACUGCCUUUUAAACCUUUUAUGACGCGUUUGAUGAAUUCCUCGGUAAAACAUGGCAGUGGUUUUGCUCAUCCAGCUGGUUCCAUUGUUUUUAUGUUCUCUGUUGCUAACAUGAUUUUUGGAAAACUGCGUGCGAAAGAUGAUCUUAAUGCUGUUGGUAAGAUUUCAACUAUCAAUUUACGUAGUCGUUUGAUUGAAAUUUGUGAUAAUCGUAACUGCGAAGUGUCAACAGUUUAUACUGUUUUAGCUGCUGGUGCUGUUACCGGAGGACUCUUUCGAAGCGCACGGGGUUUACAUGCUUCAAUGACUGGCGCUGGUAUGGGAGCAGUCGUAGCUUUUAUUUGGUUGCUGAGUGAUCAGGAUAGCCGAAAUAGAUUAUGGGAAAUGCGAAAACAUUUAAUUGGCAAGCAGGAUUAUAGUUAUUGA